GUCCCUUCUAUCCUUUCGGGUACCCCGCCUACCCCCCAAUGUUCCCACCGUGGAUGCGGCCACCCUCGCCGUCACUGUCGCAGCACUCGCUGCCAAUGGGCGAUGAGUCGGGCGAGCGGCUGCAAAGGCCGCACCACCGCAAGCACAAAAAGAGCCUGAGCAAGACCACGUCUCGACGCCAGUCUUCGCAGGACCUGUCCUCUGAGGAGGAGAAUGACAGGGACAGCCCGUCUCUGGAUGAGCGAUCUUCCAGAGAUCGAGGAAGUCAUUCGAGUGAGAAGGUGAAGAACCGUGGGCGCACACCUUCCAGUCGAGACCGAGAGGAGGUGAAGGCACCUGAGAAGGCCGAGGCCCUUCAGACUACCACCAAUAGGGAACAUUCCGAAGCCAUCAGACAGCAGCAGGCCCGCCUUCUCGCGGUCGCGGGCCAGGCUGAGAAGCAGCACGCCCAGACACCCACCGAACAGCCUGGGCUAGAACAAGUGGCGCCCACUGCCGCAUCAUCACAACCCAAAUGGGACCCGACGAAGCCUUGGCGUUGUCAGCAUUGUACCUUCAUCAAUGAAGCUGGUUCGCGUAUUUGUUUAAUCUGCUGCAAAACAACGUUUCGCGAACAGUCUCCGGCUCCUGUCUCUGACGACGAAGAGCGUCAAAAGAAGAGAGCCGGCUUUCAGGACACACUGGCAGACAAGGAGAUCGAGCUGCCUCCAACCAAGAGUGACGCCGAUCCCGCCAAGAGCGAGCCAGAUCCUGCUGAGACCAAGCCCGAGGCCAAGCUGUGCACCAGCACCGACGACAACCAGGUGAACUUCACGGACGAGUUUAUUAAGGAGCAGCAAGAGGUGGAGAAGGAAAUUCGCCGUCGCCUCGAAAUCCAGAUGCGUAUAGAGGAAGAAAAUCGUCGUAUCGAAACCGCGGAUGUGGUGCAAGAAAGCCGGACAGUACAGCACUUCCAAGGAGACAAUGCAGAGACUGAGAGCUCGAGCCUGACACCGCAACAAGCUUUGGCGCUUAGUGCCGAAGCUGAGCCUUCGCCUUCCACCCUCUCGAGUGCAACGGCAACCACUGCGCAAACAGGUUCUAGCUACCACUCAAACAUCCAGCAGUGUAACUCGUCUAGCCAAACGAUGUCUGUUGGUGACGAGCCGAGUCCAGCUACGAGUGACUCUUUGCUGCUGGACGCAACGUCGCCAGUGACUAUGCAGGGAGUGAGACCCAAAGUUUUGUAUAAGGCAUCCGUAGCUACAGACACGGAGGAUUUUACGGACCCUUCAACGUCGUCGCCGUUGUCGGAUUCCCAGCAAGACAGGCAGGAGCGCCACCGGAUUUUUACCAAUGCCAAGGCGCAGUCCUUCGAUCAUCCCCGGCCGGCAUUCUUGCAACCAAAGGGCGCACAGCCGGUCGUAAAGGGCACACGCAUCGGUAACCUUAUCAGGACCCUGUCGAAGACGUCUCUGCAAAACACGGAGCCCGAGGGCCGCCUGUACCGCAGCCACAGUCGGUCCUCCCUGCACAGCGAUAUGUCAGACGCGUCGCCGAUGCGCAGGGGCAUCGCUAGGCACGGCUCGCUGGCGGAGUUCGACCGCCCGUUUGGCCUGGAGAGCAACAGGAAGGAUGACGACGCGUCUUCGCUCGUCGGCGCCACAUCCAGUAGCUACAUCUCGGAGGGUAGGAAGCAGGACUACUACUUGAGCCUGGAAGAGUUGGUUCAACAACGCAAGCAGGAGCAAAUGCGCACGCAGGGGCUGGAGCUGGUCCGUCUCAUUCGGGAAGCCGAACAGCGCGGUUUCACCGCUGAUGACCUGCAGGUGGCGAUGAACCAUUGCGGCAAUGACAAUCCCAUAAACUGGUUGCGGGACAACUGGCAGAACAUGACGGAGACAGUGGUGACGUUAGCAACAAACUACGGCCACGACCGGCGUGAAAAUACUAUCGGAAUAGUGUCCGUCAGCGAGGCCCAGAACGCACUGCGUCACCAGAAGGGCAACAUCUGGGCUGCCGUCACCGAGUGCGUCGAGAACCGCCAGAGAAUGUUCAUGGAGCUGAGCUCGAGGGGGAACUUCACUCGUCAAGAGAUACUUGCAGCGUUAACGGACAACCAGGGUAACAUGGACAUGGCGUACGCGCAGCUGACAAAGGCCACGCUCAAGCCGUUCCUCAUGCGCAUCUGGGGGCCUGGCACGGGAGUAGACAACGACGAAGGUCGCCGGCCGUCUCCGCUCGGCGACAAGCGGGAGGAAAGUGUCACGGAUCGAGUCAAGGACUGGCUCGAGUCCCUGGACGCAGCAUCGCAGCUGCCGUCCAGUAACACGUCCUCGCUCGAUGAGAGGCGGGGCAAGCGCCACUCGUUUCAUGGUCACCGCAGCGACCAGUCGUUCUGCAGCGGCAACCGUGACCGAUCCAGCUCACCAGCUUCGUCCUUCUCGAGCCUUAGGGAAACCUCGGAAGUGAGCAGCGUCUCGUCGGCCGUCCCCGGUGGCAGCUCCAGGCUCGAAGCGAUUCUCCGCCGCCGAGAAGCCCAAAAAGAAUUUGAAAAGGAUCGCAAGUCAAAGAAGGAAGCGAACGCCGAUGGCAGCAAGAGGCGAUGGACGCUCGCUUCGGUUUUCAGCGCUAAGAAGCCCAGUUCGCCCGUCAAAAAAGACGCGUUCAGAGAGGCAGGUUCCUCGGCUCAAAAGUCCUCUUCACAGACGACGCUGGCGUCUGACACCACACAGCUUGACAGCAGCAGCAGUGGUGGAGCUACCGAGUCGAUCGAAACGCUGACGUCGAUCGAAGCUACAGGUGCGAAGCCAAAAACCUUUUUGGGCCGUUUUUCAUCGUUGAAAAAUGACAGUAGAAAGAAAGACACAAAGGCGACCGAAGCUGCCGAGUCGGGUGCUUCAAACAAUUCUGUGAAAGGCUCCCCUAUGGCGCAGAGGGCUGCAGAAACAUUGAAAGAUGAGUCGGAUAGCAAAACUGUCACAAUAAAGGAAACAAACACACUUGAGAAUCAGACACCAAACGCACAAGAAACAAAGCAAAAGGAUCAUGCUAGCGGAAACACUACACCAUUUGCUGCAAACCGAAAUGCAAUUGAAAACAUAAAGCAGUCUAUUCACGCCGCGAAAAUUUCGUUCAUGUCGGCUCCUCCAGGUGCUGCUGUCCAGCAUUCGCCAGAAGACGCCUACGAACAAUCAGAUAAUGGGCCCUUGCCUCAGAAUUGUGGACGAGAUAAGUUAGGUGGAACCUCGUUGACGAAAGACUCCGUUGAAAAACCGAUAGAAAACAAUUCCAGUGAACUAGCUGUUGACGAAAAUCUCAAAAACGAGAUGGAAGUUGAUACUCACAAAGGAAUACAGCUACUAAACGUAACGGAAAAUACGCAAGCCACCGUAGCGAAGCCGUCCAGUUCUCCAAGCGAAAGCAAAGGCACAUCACCGGAAAAGCAACCUGGCCAGUCUCCAGAGGCACACGCGGUUAGCAGAAAUACCGCUGCUAAUGCCAAGUGUGCAUCGCCUCUUAGGCCACGAGAUACAAACGUUGUUAACGGCGCAGACAGACAGAGUAUGGUCAAAAUGACUACAACAGAAGCUUUGCAACCAUCAGCGUCAUCAACGCCCACAGUCGUGAUACACCACACUGAGAGCUCAGCCGCACUUUCGGCUCCUGGCAGCUCGAAAAGCAGCAGCCAGUCUGCGUCCUCCGAGUGCAUACCUGUAAAUGAAAGUGAAUUGGUUGGCGCAGACGGGAACGUGAAAGCAGCCGAAUACUCUUCAAUGAAGAGCUGGCCAAGUGACGCUGAUAAAGAAAAUGCUAAGGCAGCGAGCGCAGUGAACACGGGAGGAGAGGGAUCAACCUUUGCGGUUGCCAAAAAGCUGGGAAAUCACCUCGCGGACACGACAAGCGUGAGAAGGCGUGAACGCCCGCUCACCAAUGGGACUGCUGAGAACGUCGAGCUUGAGACACUGAGACCGCCGACUAGUGCGGGUAAGGGCGGCCCGCUCCGCCGGCCGUCGGUGAGGCGGGUCAGUCGUGAAAGUGCUGACGAAUGUGUGGUCAGGGACCGUGACGGCAAUGCUCUAAUCGUGAAGCCACAAAAGCCGAUCGAGCGUCGGGGCAGUGUCAAUGCACGAUCGGGCUUGCAGAUUUCCAAGGCGGUGGCAGCCAACAUCGCCAAACUGCGCUCAGUUCCACCCCCAAGAAAGCGCAAACAGGUGGUGCAACCCAGGCCAGCCGGCAAGCUUCCCACAGAGAAACAGAAACAGUACAAGGCAAAAGCUGAGGAACUCGUCCAAGGCGGUCGUUGUCCAACGAUGGUGCACGCGCAUUUGGUGGCUGAGCUGAUCGACAUGAGCUUCGAUGAAGAGGACGCCAUCCUGGCUGCGGAACAGUGUGAAAGCAUCUACCACGCUGUCAACUUUUUGCAGCAGGAGUGUGAGCUAUGCGCGGCUAACUACCCCAUCAGUCAGAUGGUAUCUCUGCUGAACUGCGUACACAGAGCGUGCAAGGAGUGCCUUAAAGCCUAUUUCACCAUUCAAAUACGAGACAGAAAUAUCAUGGAACUUCUUUGCCCAUUCUGCAAUGAGCCUGACUUGAGUGACGAAGAUGUAGAACUGAAUUACUUUAACAACUUAGAUAUUUUGUUGAAAGGCUUGGUUGACAGCGAAGUCUACGACCUGUUUCAACAAAAGCUACGGGACCGAGCUUUAAUGAAGGAUCCAAACUUCCGAUGGUGUUCACAGUGCUCUUCUGGUUUCAUCACAUACCCUAACCAGAUACGUCUUGCGUGCCCCGACUGCAAGGCAGUCACCUGCGCGUCCUGUCGAAAGCCUUGGCAAAAGCAACAUGAAGGAAUCAGCUGCGAGCAGUUUCAAGAGUGGCAGCAAAACAAUGACCCUGAAAGCCAGGCUGAAGGAAUUGCGCAAUACUUGGCAGAAAAUGGAAUUGAUUGUCCGAACUGCAAGUUUCGAUAUGCCCUGGCCCGUGGUGGCUGCAUGCAUUUCAAAUGCUAUCAGUGUGGCUUCGACUUCUGUUGUGGUUGCAAUUUGCCUUUUAAAAUGGGUGAGAAAUGUGGCCGAUCUCCAAACUGCUCUAAAUUGGGCCUACAUGCGCACCAUCCUAGAAACUGCCUUUUCUACCUCCGUGACAAGAAAUUGGAAGACUUGCAAAGGCUUCUAGAGGAAAGCAAUAUAGCUUUCAAUCGGGACCCACCAGCCCACUGGGUGAAGACGUCCCGUUGCCAAGUUCCUGAACAAAAAGAGACCAGGGAUGGCUUCAAGGAUGAUGUGUGUGGUAGAAUGGUGGAAGAAGGCACGGCAGGAUUGUGCAGAAUGCAUUACGUGGAAUACCUCGGACAGCUAAUCUUCAAGAGCGACAUUGACCCGGUGCCCAUAUUCGACGUGGAAGAGUUGGAGCUGGUGCUGAAGCGCGCAAAUAUCCGGCUGCCAUCACGCUACAAGCUGUCGGAUCGCGAAUACCAGGAUGUCCUCAUCAAGGUUAUCAACACCGAUGUGCCACUGGAAAAAGUGCCGGCUUAAACCAAUGACUCAAGAUUACAUGAAAAUACGACGUUUUAGGGCCGUGGUGCAACACUAAGAACAUCAAAUUUCAGUGUUAUGAAAAAAAGCAACACUUUUUUUGCUUUUUUAAAACAUGACUGCUUCCCUCAGAAUCAUUGAUUGCUGAAGUGGCAUUCUGGUACCAGUCGUCUACUAAAGUUUUUGUAAUCUGUUUUGCCUGAAACAGUGUGUGCAACAAAAAUGUACUGAUUGCUUGUAAGUACUCCCGGUUAUUUUUGAAGAUCGCAAAUUUGUGAGUGGGCGUCACGUGAUGCAGAUCAAUAUCUGUGAACAGAAGGAGCAAGAUCGUUAACGAGCACCGAUGCUCCAGACUAUUGGAAGUGCAAAAAAAA